UAGACGCCACUUUGAACGUAAAAAACUCUCUUAAUAGUAUCUGUAUAAAAACCCUACUUGCGUUCUAGCCUCCAAAAACACUCAUCAGAGUUGAAUCAGCGAGUUAUCACAACCUCAGUCUUUAACUCAGAAAUCAAAUCUAUGGCCAGCACCGAGGGCGAUCACAGAGUAGAGGAGGAUGCACCACACAACGAAGAUGAAGACACCGGAGCUCAGGUCGCCCCUAUCGUCAAACUUGAGGAGGUCUCUGUUACUACCGGCGAAGAGGACGAAGAUCCUAUCCUCGAUCUGAAAUCCAAACUGUACCGAUUUGAUAAGGACGGUAAUCAGUGGAAAGAAAGAGGAGCUGGUACUGUUAAGCUUUUGAAACAUAAUCAGACCGGCAAGGUUCGUCUUCUCAUGAGGCAAUCCAAGACACUCAAGAUCUGCGCCAAUCAUCUUGUUUUACCGACGAUGUCUGUGCAAGAGCAUCCUGGUAAUGAUAAGUCGUGUAUCUGGCACGCCACUGACUUCGCUGAUGGGGAAUUGAAGGAUGAGCUUUUCUGUAUCAGAUUCGGAUCCGUUGAGAAUUGCAAAACCUUUAUGGAAAUGGUUACAGAAGUUGCUGAAUCCCAAAAAUCUAAAGAGGAAAAUAAGGAAGCAACUUCAACUGCCGGUCUUCUUGAGAAGUUGAGUGUGGAAGAAAAGAAAACUGAGGACAAAGCUGAGGAAGAGACCCCUGAAGCCAAGAAGGAAUCAAAAAGUGAAGACCCGGAGAAGAAAGUUGAGGAUCCUGCUUCCUCAACUUAAGCGGUUUGUGUAUGAUGAAGUCAGUUUGUUGACUACAUUUUGCCCAUGCCUUGGCGCUUAAAGCUGGUGAAAACAGUCGGACCAAUUUGUGGGGUUUAGUGGUUUGGGUCUAUGUCCAAUUUGAGUCUGUCAACAAUUGGUCGAGCUCUGGGUCAUGUUUGCAUGUUGAUGAUUGUGUUUUGUAGUUGGUAUUGUCAGAGAAGUUCAAGUAGGGCUUUUGAAAAAAAUUACUUUUUAUCAUAGUGAGUUCAAGUCAUAUUUUUUUAAAGGGUUUCUGAAAAAAAAAAUUUGCUAGAGUUUUUAUUGAGCUUUACUUCCGGAACUUUGAAGAGUUUGGAUUGUUAUUUGUUUUGCAGUGAUGAAAAUGAUAAAUAUAAUGUCACUGAGAAUUAGUGCCC